AUGGCUCCGAACUCCAUCCACUGGUUCAGGAAGGGUCUGCGUCUCCAUGACAACCCUGCGUUGCGGGAGGCAGUCCAAGGGGCAGGGACUGUGCGCUGCGUCUACUUCCUGGAUCCGUGGUUCGCCGGCUCCUCCAACGUUGGCGUCAACCGGUGGAGGUUUCUGCUACAGUGUCUGGAAGACCUGGAUUCCAGCCUGAGGAAGCUGAACUCACGCCUGUUCGUCAUCAGAGGUCAACCGGCCAAUGUGUUCCCGAGGCUUUUCAAGGAGUGGAAAAUCAACCGUCUGACCUUUGAGUACGACUCGGAGCCGUUCGGGAAAGAGAGAGAUGCAGCCAUCAAGAAGCUCGCAAUGGAGGCGGGAGUGGAGGUCAACGUACAGAUCUCACACACUCUCUACGACCUGGACAAGAUCAUCGAGCUGAACGGCGGGCAGCCUCCUCUGACGUACAAACGGUUCCAGACGCUGAUCAGCCGCAUGGAGCCGCCUCAGGAGCCUGUGGAGGCGCUGUCCGAGCUGCUGAUGGGACGCUGCGUCACUCCUGUCUCUGAGGACCACGGGGACAAGUACGGAGUGCCGUCUCUGGAGGAGCUGGGUUUUGACAUUGAGGGCCUUCCUACAGCCGUGUGGCCCGGAGGAGAGACCGAAGCUUUGACGAGGAUAGAGCGCCAUCUGGAGAGAAAGGCUUGGGUGGCUAACUUUGAGCGUCCCAGGAUGAACGCUAACUCUCUGCUGGCCAGUCCCACCGGCCUCAGCUCAUACCUGCGCUUCGGGUGCCUCUCCUGUCGCCUCUUCUACUACAAACUCACCGACCUCUACCGCAAGGUGAAGAAAAACAGCUCCCCUCCCUUAUCUCUGUACGGGCAGCUCCUCUGGCGUGAGUUCUUCUACACCGCUGCCACCAACAACCCACGCUUCGACAAGAUGGAGGGUAACCCUAUCUGCGUGCGGAUCCCCUGGGACCGAAAUCCGGAGGCGCUGGCGAAGUGGGCGGAGGCCAAGACAGGUUUCCCUUGGAUCGACGCUAUCAUGACUCAGCUGAGGCAGGAGGGUUGGAUCCAUCACCUGGCCAGACACGCCGUGGCCUGCUUCCUCACACGCGGAGACCUGUGGAUCAGCUGGGAGGAGGGCAUGAAGGUGUUUGAGGAGUUGCUCUUGGACGCCGACUGGAGCGUGAACGCCGGGAGUUGGAUGUGGCUUUCUUGCAGUUCCUUUUUCCAGCAGUUUUUCCACUGCUACUGCCCCGUGGGCUUCGGCCGCCGCACCGACCCCAACGGGGACUUCAUCAGACGUUACUUACCUGUCCUCCGAGGUUUCCCGGCCAAAUACAUCUACGACCCCUGGAACGCCCCAGAGUCGGUGCAGACCGCCGCCAAGUGCGUGAUCGGUGUGCACUACCCCAAACCCAUGGUGCACCACGCAGAGGCCAGCCGGCUCAACAUUGAGAGGAUGAAGCAAAUUUACCAGCAGCUCAGCCGAUACCGAGGCCUGGGUCUGUUGGCGUCCGUGCCGUCGACCAAUGGGAACGGGAACGGGGCGAUGAUGGUGUAUUCUCCUGGAGAGCAGCAGCCUGGAGCUAACAACAACGUUCCAGGGAGCAGUGCAUCAGGCAGUCCGGUGGCUACAGCUAAAGGCAGCGGUAGCAUCCUGAUGAAUUUUGACAAUGAGGAGCAACAACAGCCACAAAUGCAGCAGCAGCAGCAUGUAUACCACACAGUGCCAGACACCAGCAGCAGGAUCUACCAUGAGUUUGCUGUGCCUCAACAUCCAGGAUUGCACCUCCAGGCCAGAGGGGGCGUCACUGGCAAAAGGGAGCGAGAGUCGGAACGAGAAGGAUCAGUUUCAGAGGAGCAGGCGUCCUGUUCUGUUCACAAGAUGCAGCGGCAAAGUGCAAAGACUUAA